CCCAGUGGCUUUACUGGAGGAUAUGGCACAUGGAUCUCGUUCAGUCUGCCGUCCUGUACAGCGUAAUGACCCUCAUCAGCACCUAUCUGGUGGCUUUUGCCUACAAGAACGUCAAGUUUGUCCUCAAGCACAAAGUAGCACAGAAGAGAGAAGAUGCUGUUUCUAAAGAAGUUACUCGCAAGCUUUCUGAGGCAGACAACAGGAAGAUGUCUCGUAAGGAGAAGGAUGAGAGAAUUCUGUGGAAGAAAAAUGAAGUCGCAGAUUAUGAAGCAACAACUUUUUCCAUCUUUUACAACAACACCCUCUUUCUGGUCUUGGUCAUCAUUGCUUCAUUCUUUGUGUUGAAGAACUUCAACCCAACUGUGAAUUAUAUUCUUUCUAUAAGUGCUUCAUCAGGCCUGAUUGCCCUGCUAUCUACAGGAUCCAAGUAGACCAAA